AUGGCAGCCAUGAACUCUAGUGUUUUGGCAUGCAACUAUGCCAUCUCAGGCACUGGAUCAUCUGAGCUUAAUGCAAAGAUAGUUUCCGCGCCUGCAGUUGCAUCCCCUGCUGUGUCUGGUCCCAAGUUGCCUGUGAUCAGAGCCCAACAGAGUAGAGCUGAUUCUAAAGAAAUGAAGGCAAGUGACGGAAGGAGAGCUGCAAUGGCUUAUCUUGCAGCUACCCUUUUCACAUCAGCUGCUGCUGCUGCUUCUGCCAAUGCUGGAGUCAUUGAAGAGUACCUUGAAAAGAGCAAAGCUAACAAGGAAUUGAAUGACAAGAAGAGAUUGGCCACUAGUGGAGCAAACUUUGCAAGAGCAUACACGGUUCAAUUUGGUUCAUGCAAGUUCCCUGAGAACUUCACAGGCUGCCAAGAUCUUGCCAAGCAAAAGAAAGUUCCAUUUAUCUCUGAAGAUUUGGCUUUGGAGUGUGAAGGAAAGGACAAAUACAAGUGUGGUUCCAAUGUUUUCUGGAAGUGGUGA